AUGGCGGUUGCUCUGGCUCUCGGCCAGGGCGAUCAAGGGGUCACUACAUCCACCGUAGUGCGGGCAUUUACGGCAUACGCAACCUCUCAACCAUUGAGCGUGGUCACAAGCCAUGUCACGAAUAUCCUUGAAACAACUACUCGAACCAGCACUUCGAGAGUCGUCACCACCAGCCCCGUGCGAUUCACGACCUUCAUUCCUUAUACUUACCUGUCAACCUCCGACGUCACAAGCACCUAUCGCGCAACGACCGAUAUCUUCACUAGUACUUUCACCAGCACACACUAUGACAUCCAAAACACAACUUUCACCUCGUAUCUCAACGUUACCGCCUCUGCAAGCACCGCCCUUUUCCAAGAAAGCGUUGUCACGGUCCCGACGCCGACUGGGUUUGUGCCGAUAGAACAGUCUUCUGGGGACGAAAACUUUAAUGGAACCAGCAAGCGACGUGAUGCAGAACUGCAAGAAGAUGUUCUGCUGCCCCGACAAGCAGCCACCACAACCGCCGACUCGUCAUAUAUCUCUAUCAUUUCCAUUGUCACACGGUUGGCUCCGCAAACAACUUCCACUGUCUUUGUGACUUCGACGAAAACAAGCACCCAACGCCCACCGCAGACGCUGACCCAGUCGACAACUAUUGUUGUAACCAACACUGUGGGCGUUCCAGACACGCCAGUAAGCUCUACUUUUGUGGUGACGGUCCCUACCACCGUGAGUCUGACACAGACCACCACGGUCCCAGGAGAAAAGAUCGUCGCCACCACCACAACCACCUACACCGACUACACCGCGACACGCAGCACGUAUCUCGCCUGUGCCAGCGACAAUCUCCUGGGCCCCCGGAUUCAAGACGCCAGCUACAUCAACACGGUCGUGGACAACACCCGUGCCAACGUCGGAACGAGCACCAACGCAACCUCGAGCUACGACUGCUGCGCCAUCUGCCAGGACGCCAACGGCUUCUGCGACUUUGCGUACUACGAUACGCUGGCCGGCGCGGCGAACUGCAUGCUGUUCAAGGCCAACGUCCCGAGGAAGGGAGGCAAUGCAACAUGUUCCCAUGCGCAGGCGGGGUUCUACAACACCAACAAAAAGACCACCACCAACAGAUGGGUCGUAAUGAACGGGCCGUGUGGGCAGCUGGUGCAUGGAAAUCCUACCAAGGCAACCUCAUCGACUUCUGCCGCGGCUUCUUAG